CCUCUCAUUGCGGAAGUAGGAGCUGCUUAAUAAAAUAAAAGUGAGAGUUUGCAGUUCGUUCGUGGUCCUACUCCCACACCCUCUGAAGCCCACGAAGAUCAUUUCUAUCACCCCGAGAUGAAUUACGGUUACGGAGCUCCCCCCGGCGGACAUCCGGGAGCGUUUCCUGGAGGAUACCCAGGGCAGCAGCAGGAUCCCCUCUUUGGUUACUUCACCGCUGUUGCUGGGCAGGAUGGUCAGAUAUCUUCUGAGGAGCUCCAGACCUGUUUGACCCAGGCUAACUUCUCUGGUGGCUACAAACCUUUCAACUUGGAGACAUGCAGGUUGAUGAUCAGCAUGCUUGAUCGGGACAUGUCGGGCUCCAUGGGCUUCAAUGAGUUUAAGGAGCUGUGGGCCGUGAUCAAUGGCUGGAAGCAGCACUUUAUGUCCAUCGACAAAGACAUGAGUGGGACGGUGGACCCACAGGAAAUGAACCAAGCCAUCUCCUCUAUGGGCUACAGGCUGAGCCCUCAAGCUAUGAACUGCAUCAUAAAGCGCUACAGUACUCAUGGAAAGAUCACCUUUGAUGAUUAUGUUGCGUGCUGUGUCAGACUGAGGACCUUGACUGAUAUUUUCAGACGACGGGACCAGGCGCAGCAGGGAAUGGCCACAUUCCAGUAUGAUGAUUUCAUCCAGUGCACUUUGAGCACCUAAGAGGAAUCUCCAGACCAGCAUGAGUUUGCUUCAUUUGUAACAGCUUCAUUUGUAUAAUAUAAAUGCUUCUUUUUUUAUAUAGUCUGCAUUAUGAGAACUUUUAUUAUAGUUAUGUUUUUCUUUUUAUUAUUAACAAUCACCAUAACAUGGACUUGAAUCUGUUAAUGCCUGUUAUUACUGAUAUUGCUUUCAUAAUAAAGUACAAUAUAACUGCAAAGGGAAUAAACCACUUGACAUAAAUAAAAGACUAACCCAAAGUUUUCACUCUUGUACUGACUGUACUAUCGUCAUUGUUUAUUAUGAUGCUCUUUAUUAGUGUAAUUAUCCAUACAUAGUCUUAACUGAAUCCUUUUAUUGAAACCUGGUGAGUGUGUUUGUUCAUGUGUAUCAAACACAAUUAACUGAAACUUUAAUUUUCUAUGUAAAAACAUUUCACUCACCCAAGCGAACAGGCCACCCAGUAUCAAUUUACAAAUCGAUUCCCUAAAAUUAAAUAUUGCAUUUUUGUGGAUUUCAGAAAAUGAUCCCAUGUCAAUGUUGCUUUGCAGUAAAUGUUCAUUCCAGAUGUACCAGAUUUGAAGUUACUAGAAAGGCUCUGCUCAGUUUCUGGACAAAAAUAAAGCUUUUUUAUGCA